AUGGGACUCGCAACCAAGGCAGUGGACCAAGACUCGGGGCCAGUCCCAUCUUGUGCCGAAACUCUGUCAGAUCUUGCCUUCACUAAGAGCGAAUGCAAGCAACAAGCAGAUGGGUUUUCGUGUGGCUACCAUGUGAUCUGGACAAUAGCCAGACUUGUUUUGGAACGGGAGCAUUUAGAGCUGUCCGUCUCGGUCGACACCAUGAUACAAGUCUUCUCCCACUUCUUGGGCCACAACCAAGACGCAGCACCACUCGAUCUGGAGUCACUGGUCCCCACUAAAAACGCAAUGCAGAACAUUGACUCCUCUUUCAAGCCAGCAUUCAGUCAAAAAACAAAGUUGACGGCACUCAAACUUCGGCAUAUGUCGUCAUCUUACCACAUCGUUCGCAAACAAUACCACCGCCUGCCAACUCUUACGUCCAGCAGGCACCAAAGCUCUAGUGUACUAAGCAAGCGUUCGGGUCAUAAACGGCCAUGGGCUCGCAGUACUGGUCUAGGUCCCGGAAAUGAGUCGUUUGUAUUACAAGGUCUGGAUACAAGCUGGCAAAAGUACGUGAAAUUGGUGGGGGAGUCGAAUAUUGGGGACGCAGCCGUUCGGCUCCAUCAGCACAACGAGGAAAAGAAACAACUCUCAGAGGCACUGUUACAGUCAAAAACUAGACUCAGAGACCUCAAGAACCAGGAGAAGGAGGCCGUUCUAACCCAGUUUAUGCGCGACGCCGGUAGUCUGGAAGGUGGCAAAGACAUUGAAGAUCAUGUCUGGGACCAGGUCAUCCUCAGAGCUAACACAGCUCGGGUGGACAUGGAGGGGCGUAACCGCAGCCAAGAGAGGCUGUCACUGGCAGACGUCCGAGAUGCUCGCAUUCAAGAACAAGCCAAAGUAAGGGAGGCCGAGAGGACUUUGGGGGAUCUAGAGCCGCAGACUUGUGGACUGGAGGAAGAGGUCAAGAGACAGGAAGUGAUUAUGUCCAUUUCAGAAGGGCUUGGCUGGUUGGUGAUGCAUUCCAAGUCCUGA